UCCGAUCUUCAAUCAACAAAUUUCUUCACCUCCUUCUUCAAUAACAACUUCUUAUAAUAAUCUACCCAUAGAAUUCCCAAUUCGUUUGGAUACUCAAUUCGAUCUAUACUUGAUCCUAUACUCGGAUCUCAUUGACUUUCUACUCUAGUCAAUCUUGGUCAAUUACAAAAUGAACCCAAUGAUCCUCCAACAAUCACAAAAAAUUCACCUCAAUUAUCAGAUCAAAGUUCAAAACCUUCUUCUACAUUGGAUUCAAGUCAAUCAAAAGGUUUAUUGAAACAACUUGGUUGGCGGACAAGGGCAAUUGCUCUUGCUUCCAUUCGUCCUUCUACUGCUACUACUUGAAAUUCAACUGAAGAUACAAUAUCAAAUCAACAUGAUUCUAUCAAACCGUUUUGUUUGUUUGUGAAACGGCGUGUGCUAGUUGUGUUACUAUCAUUGGUGGUCAAAAGCAUAGACUUCCUAUCUUGGUCUCCAAAACAGUCAAAGAGAUUUACACAAGAGGUAUGUUUUUCAGUCAUCACUCUUACCAAUCUCAUGUCUAUCAUCAUCAAACUGGAACCUACGACUAUCUGGGAUCAAAUGUGAAUCAAGAACGGAAUUACGCUCCAAAGGUUGACUUACAAUCAUCACCAACCAAUCACAACUUGGCUCCUAAAUCCUCCGAGUUCAUGAAUGGUAGAAACGUACAAAGGAAUCAUCAAUUACUCCAAUCACGAGAAACUCAUGGAUGAUGAAAC